AUGGCGGGUUUGAUGUCAUCGGCUGGGGCCUAUAUGCGCCGAUUAUGGAAGAACGAGUCUCCAUCUGUUCGAGUUUGUCUAUUUGGAUCCGGUGGAGCUGGAAAGACUACCCUCCUAUACCGACUCAUCGAGGGUAGGCAGGUCACCACAGUCCCGACGAUUGGCUUCAAUUUAGAAAAUCUUCAUGUCCCAUCAGAAGGUGUGGAUUUUGAGAUCUGGGAGUGGGCGGGAGGGUGUUCUUCGCUUCCUUUAUCGGUGUUUGAGCAUGUAGUCCACUCUGAAGUGAUCUGCUUGUUUAUCAUCGACGCAUCGGAUCAAUACGACUACGUCAAGUAUGAUCUCGAUCAUGUGAUAAAUAGAACCGAGGAGGCAAAGCACUUUGCGGUCAUAUUCAACCACAAAGUCCAAAACAGCCAGGUGGAUGCCACGGCGUUGAAAAAGAUGGUCAAUGACAGAAUCCGCUCGCGCCAAGGUUCCGGCCUGUACGGACCGACAUGCGCAGUGUACGACGACCUCGACAGAUUCAAUGCCGCGACCGGUGAGCAGUUGGACAUUUUAUUGUCACGCCUGAUUCACGUUGCGAAAACAAAUAAACCCCAUUUGCGGGAGGAACCGGCCACGAAGGUCGUGCUACCGAAUUCGAGUAUUCCCAAACCUUCCAAGCAAGAGCUCUUGCGGAGGAUCGAGGACCGAUCCAAAGAAUCAGUCCAUCAGCUGCCCCCUGAUCAGUUCGUUAAGCAGAUGAUCGCUGGGACAUUAUCGACUUGGGAUCAUAUGUGUCAUCUACGGGCUGGGUUCCUUUGUUUGAUGGAAUCCAUCAUGGAAGAAGACGUCGUCUUUGCUGCAGCGGAGCUGUUCCUGCGGCGCCUGGAUGCCAUGUUGCGUGCUAGCCCGGGCAAGUUCCGCAAUACGUUCCACCGAACCCUCACAAUAUUCUGGAUGCAUCAAAUUCACGUUCAGAUGUUAGUUGCCCGCCAAAAGACCGGCGUCUUGCCUUCUUAUAACUCUUUCACUGAAUUCUUGCGGCAAUGCCCCGAACUCAUGGACGGCCAGGGGUGGGACCAAUACUGGACGAAAGAAAUCCUCUUCGGCCACGAGGCUAGAGAAGCCUGGGUAUUGCCGGACCUGAAAUCACUAGCCCGGUAUACCCCUUCGUCUCAACCGAACAAGCCGAAGAAGAAGGCCCAGGCUCCUCGGACUAACAUCCAAAUCUAUCAACGGUUCGCAUAUGGGAUCGUGAAAACUGUCAAGUCUACCGACCAGCGGCGCGCCACGAUCAUUAAUGACACUCUCCCCAUCAUCCAGUCGUAUCUGACCCAACUGCGUGCCCAAUCCCAGUCAAUCGGAAGUAAUGAACCUUACUCUUUGACCCAAGCGUAUUUUUGGAUCCAAAUGAUGCACGUUGCGGUUGCGUCUAUCCCGCCUGCUGUAUCAGUGGACAUUACCAAGCUGAGCUUUGAAAGCUUUGGUACCCUCUUUCCAGAUUUAGUCGGUGCGGAGGACCUGUGGACAGAAUACUAUACACCCCAGCAGUGGAACUCCGUGGAGGCGAGGAUGAGGACAGUGCUUCCACGCAAGAAAAACCUUCCUAACUUUUUCCCGCCUCCGUCUCAAGCUCAGAUGGACAAAGCGAUUGCGUCGCGCUUGGAUGAGAAGUAUGCAGGCCCUGACGAAAUCACAUACUUCAUGGAUGGCCGGCCCAGUGCCGAGGAGCUAUUCCUAAGGGUGCGGUGGGCCGUCAAGUCAACCACGGUCACGGACGGGAAACACGACGAAUAUGAUGGAACAAUGGAUAGUCACGCAGCGCUCUUGCGGUAUGUAUUCAAUCGACUGAUCCUGACAGACUCAACCAGCACCAGUGGAAAGCUAGUCUCUCAGGCGGUAUGGGAAGAGAUGUCGUUUCUCCACCGUAAAGGCCAGUAUACGUGCGCGGUCUUCUGGGCUCGGAUGAUCCUGGCAGCAUUCGCUAGGACGGAUGCAGCGUUUCGGAAGAACGUAGAUGGAUACCGCGGUAUGGUGGAAGAGACAGAAAUGGAAGCAGCAGAGACACGCUUGUUUUCUCAUUUUCUUUCUGCCAGUAUGGAACUCUGCUGGGAACGUUUGUGGGCAACAUAUUACUCGGAUGAGAUGUGGAAGAGCAAAGACGCGGCAGUUGGAUAUGUCCUUCCUGACAAGAGACCGCUUCCAGCAUAUAUUGAGGAGAGAUUGAAUUGA